AAAGCUCUGCGCAUGCGCAGUGUCUUGGCUAAACAUGGACGAUUUGAAACUUUAAUCCGAAAGUCCUUUCUGUACCUAAUUUCAAACCAUACUUUUAAACUUAAAUUUCUUACUAAAAUGGAUUUAGCACUCCGGCAGAGGACUUUUUCAGGAAGUGGAGUGUGUUUUGUUUUAUUUGUCAGCUUCGUUUUGUGGUUCGGAUCGGUGUCUUGUAUAAAGGUGACCGCUCCAGAAGAGAUACACGCAGUACUGGGUGAGACGGUAACUCUGUCCUGCCAGUUCACCUCGUCUCAUCGCACGACGAGCCAAGUAUCCAUCGACUGGUCCUUCAGACCUCAGAAUGGAGGCCCUUCCCGAGUCAUCUUCCACUUCUAUUUAGUGGCGUACCCACUGCAGGAAGGGCACCUCAAAGGGCGUGUACAGUGGUAUGGUAACCCGGCGCAAGGUGAUGCAUCAAUCCAGCUCCUGAACGCAUCACUAAGCGAUAAUGGCACUUACAGCUGCGCCGUUCGCAACCCACCCGACUUCCAGGGUUCUCCCUCAAACACCAUCCUCACCGUCAGCCUCAAGAAAGCAAGACUGCACUUUUCGGACAUUGCCAUGCUGCUGUUCUUCAUCCUCCUGCCGUCAUCGCUGAUAGCUUUGGUGUUGUUAGCGAGAAUGUUCUGUCCGUGUUGCUCUCCAUGGGUCAAGAGCUCGCAUCCCAGCCAUCACUCGCCCAUAGAGGUCACUGAUGGGGAAGAAAUGCUCAUAUACAGUAAGGAGUACGGAUACCAUCACCCUUCGUCAAAGCAUAAGCCUGCCAUGUGCUGCGAAAUGUAUCUGAAGGACUCGGAUGAAGAAUACUACAGAUAUAUCGAGAAGCAUCAGUUACAAAUGGACGCCGAGUCGCAGUGUUAGAUUCCUGUAACACGACGCUCGGUUGGAAAAACAGGCAAAAGAGCUUCAUGAUAAUUUUGUACAAAAACAAAUGUUUUACAGCUGCUCUGAUCUAAACUCAGUUUUACCUGAGUCCAUUCAGCCUUUGGUCUAUUGGAUUCUUGCUAGCUUGUUGAUUUAGCGCUAUGUUUCUUCCUGUUAGCUGUAAAAUAGCCUGAGUUCAGAAUGCUCUAGAAAGCUAGCCACUGUUGCUUCAACUGCACACCAACACCAGCCAGUAAAACGCAGUAAGACUAGCCACGAGGCUAACGAUGUUAGCAUUUGAGUCUAGCAAGUAGAAAUAGAACCAGAACUGUUCCUAAUUUACAAUCUUCUUGUGCUAAAAAUCAGUUUACAUUCUCUGCAUGGUUAGCAUCCAAUAUUUAUUGUCUGAAAAACAGACUUUUGAAAUUUAUGCUGACGUUAAUCUGAGCAACUUUAUUAAGCCUAAAAUGAUCUGAGCCAUGCUCAUUCAGGCUGUGUGCUACUGUUUCAUUAGCAAUAUCGCCAUGAAGUAUUUAUUAACGGUGUUAUUGGCUACACUAGUGAUAGCAAAUGCAGGCUAGUGGCCAUCUUUCAAGGUUUAUAGAAAAUGAAUAGGUUUUGAACUAAGCUGUAGAGGAUGCUAGGCUUCGUUUAGUAAUAAAGUAGUGCUUGCUAGCAUGUCAUAUUUGCAUUUACUAACUUGGCCCUUGCUGUAUUAGCAGUUUUAUCAUUCAGAAUUUUCUAGAAUACAGUUAAAGCAUGCAGGAUUUCCUUUUCUGGACUGGAGUUAUGGCAAUGUCAUGUUAAAAACGGACAAUUUAAUAUUAAUACACUUCUAAACGAGAGUUCCAUGUUUAGAAACCGAUGGAUUUCAGCUAUACUGGUGUAAUAUUUUUAUUUUUGUGUUAAGCUUAUUUACAUUAUUGCUCACUUCUGUUCUAAAUUACAAGAACUUCAGGCUGCUGCUUUUUUUUUCUUUUUUUUUUUUUUGACAAUUUUGCAUUUUCAGGAAAAUGGGAAAUGGAUCCAGCUCUCUGCACACGCUCGCUUGUUUGCUAACGAAAAUCAGAUUGCUUUAAUUGUUUUGUUAAAUGAUCAUCUGGAAAUGUACACAUUUCUGCAAGGAUCUUUUUACAAAAUGCAGUUAUACAGCUGUUAUAAGCAACAGACCAGGCUUAUUGUGUAUUUUAUUUGAAGAGGUGUAAUAUUGAGAGUAUAUUGUUGAAUUUAAAAAAGUGCCAGUUAAGUUAAUAAAUAAAAUGUGUAUAUAGUUCUGAGGUCUUGUUUUACAUCGAGUAUGAAAGCAUUGAUUGAUUAAAGCAUCAAACAUCAUCCAUGUUGAACAUGUUGUGUUCAGUGAAAGGGAAAAGAGUUAUUUUUCUAAGCUCACUGCACAUCCAAGGACGCGUUAUCCUAAUGGGCUUCAUGGGCAGCUGCCCGGGGGCCUCGGAGGUAGCGAGAUCGAAAAAUAUGAAACGAUAUUUUCAGAAGUUUUGAUCAUAUUGAUAACGUUUUUGAUGCAUUUCGCCACCCGUAAGGGAGCCCACCUUGUCCCGUCGCAUAAAUCACCCGUCAUUGUCAAUAUGAUCACUGUCCACCAUGUCUUCACGCGCUACGCCAGCUUGAGUUCAAUGAUUUAAUUAAUGACUUCGCUUUCCAGGAAAGUGCCCUUGUAAGUUGACCCAUGGCUGUCAAACUGAAUGCGCAAAGCUGUGUGCCACUGCUGUUUGGGACAUUACGUGUGUGAAAGGAUGAAAUGUUUCUCACAGCCUAACAUUUUGAGAUUUAUUUCUGAGAAGCAAGAUAUUUUUCUUUCUUUGUUGUCGCUCUGUUUUCACAAGUUAAAAGUCGCCUGGAUUCCAAAAUGAAAAUGAACGGUUAUAUACCAAAUGAAUGUUCUUGUUCUGAAUACUAAAGAAACUGUUGUAGGCCUCGGUUAUGUUCUUGACAUGUUGUUCAUUGACUCACUCAUUCAAAGGCUUCUUGAGGCUAAACCAGAGGUGGGCAAACUACGGCCCGCGGGCCACAUCCGGCCCGUUGGCGUUUUUAAUCCAGCCUGCGGAAGACAAUCAUAUAAACACGAUUGAGCAGAUCUAUAAACUAUAAGCAUCAGUGUUAUCACGUAGACAGGUGUUCUAGAGAUCCGUCUUUCCAGUCAGUCGUAUUCACGUGAGAUUACAUUUGCAGAGUGGUGCAGCGCGUGCCAUGGAAGUCAUUCUGGCGCCCGUGCCACUGAUGAUCUCGAGAACACAGGAUAAAACUUUACAAUGAGUGGUCCUAAAAAAAGAAAAGUGGACAGUGAGUGCAGGGUGUUCAAUAAAGAAUGGACAACUAAAUAUUUUUUUGCUGAAGUCCAAUCAAAGGCUGUAUGCCUUAUUUGCAAAGAAACCGUUGCAGUUUUAAAGGAAUAUAACAUCAAACGGCACUUUUCCUCCAAGCAUGCUAGUUAUGCUAACAACCAGUCAGCGCAAGAACAGAUGAAUACAGCUCAGCGGUUGCGGAGUGAAUGUGAGUAUUAACACUUUCUCUUUUUAAAACUAUGUUGGAGCUGUAAUAAGAUGGUAGUCACAUGUUUACAGACGCUUUCUGUUAAAUAAUUAAUAUUUUUACAUUUUUUAUAAUCUUUACUUUCUCUGCAUGUUUUAAAUUUACUUUAAUUUUAUUCUAUUUUAUUCCGCUGGUUUCUUUUUCUCCUUUUUUCUUUUUUGG